UAGAACUGGAGUCAUCAGUGCCGUGGCGUUUUCGUUGCUUCAGCUCAGCUUGUGCAUAGUGCAUGCAGUUGCUCCGUGGAGUCAUUUUUAAAGCCUCUCUGACGGGUGUAGUCGGCGUUGGUGUUCUGAAGUUUGGACUUCGAUAAUCACCGACGUAACUGUUGAGUCGUUGGCAUUGUUUCAUCGAAGAGUGCGAGCGCAAUGGAUGCAGCUUCGUGUAAGAGGGCGCUGAGGGUGAAGGUUACCACGACGAUUCGGAUUACAGAUGUCGUCGCGGUUGCUCGCGUGCGCAUCAGAUUUGGAGUUGGUUCUCUUGUCGCCUUUCUUUUUCGGCACAACGCCAACGGAGACGACAAUCUGCUGAGGCUUAGCUUCGAAAGGGAUUUCUGCAAGGAUCGACUUACUAGAAGGUGCGUCUACUUUUCAGAGAAUACAGAAGUUUUUUCUUGUUUUAAUUUCUUUGACUUUCGCGGGCCUGACAGAAGCCAUGUGGUACUGCCGUUUCGGGGAACAUAGCGUAUCGCUAGAGGAUCAACGUAGGAUCCAGAUGCGUACCAAGCAGGAGAUGCAGCUACGGCGUGCGGUAGUUGAUGUAGUUGCUUUCUAUUCUUGCACGACCUGCAAUAAUUUUUUUUGAAGUGGAGGGAAGAAAAAAGUGCCACUGCAUAUUAUUGAUGUUAUUGAUGUGUAUUAAAGAACAAUCUUUCAUUCAACUCCAGGUUCUGGUCGCCCGCAAGGAAGUUGUGCUGCAGCAGCGGUGCCAAAGAAAGGAGAAGCGAUACGAUCGCUUUUUGAAGCUGAAGGAAUCUUGCCUCAACAUCAAGAUCACAGACAGACCCGGUGGCGCAUUCGCCCCCGCACGCCGUACCCGUAGCAAGUCGGCGAAGCGCGCAAAGACUCCGCGGAAAGACGCGUCACUACCCCGACCGGAGCUUUUGUCUACCAAGCAACCGACUUCAUCUGACAGUGAGCAAAAAAAGAAAGGUUCCGCAGAAAAGCCGAAAAAGCCACCGCCCUUCUAUCCGUCAAGCGCGUUUGCCAGCUUCACGGAGACAAAAGCUCCGGGAAAGCAGGAGGUAUUAUUAUUCUUGGUGCGUACACGUAGCGUCCAGGAUAUGAUUUUUUCCGUCGACGGUUUUGCACGCUCAGCCUGAGAAGUUUUACUCUUCUCAAUCCCGCUUCCGUUAUUUUCCAAUUGAAUCCCUGACACCGAAACAGGAUCGCCUGAUGCUGAGUGCGAGCAGUGCGCGCAACGUGCUCUCCUCGUCGCGCGCGUCCUCUCCAAAUCAAUCACGCGCCCGGACCGGCUCGACAUCUGACGUGCAAAAACUUCUCGGAGCGAUCGCGAGCACCUCCAAGCGCAGCGCCCGCUCGCCGAAAAACGAAGUCGGCGGCAUCGCGGGCCAGGGGCGUAGCUUCGUCGAGCGUGUAGCGCUGGAACUCCGCUCGGUGAAGAGCCCCAGCAAACGCGGCCAACUCGACGACGAGGCCACCGAGAAAUUGCUGAAGGAGCUAGCGAGCAAGGUCCGGGACGCUUCAGUGGAGAUUGAGCGCGGCGGCAAGCCAGGAUUUGCCUCCAGCGCCUCUUCGUCGAAGCAAAACAGCGCACGGAACCGGGCGAGAUAUUACAAUGAAAAAUGCCCCCACCCCCGAACUUGGGAGAAUUUGUAUUGCAAACCUUUCCAAAUGAAACAUUCACCCUCUUGCAUCUAUCAGCAUCACAGGUUUCCAAUCGUGAACAGCAAGAAUGUAUUGUAUUGCAAAAGACCCCAGCAAGAGCGGCGCUUGUCAUGCAAGCGAUGCGAUACACGCCUA